UUUCAAUUAAAAAAAAAAAAAGAUCAGCUGAUCAUUCUCAUUUGUUUUUCGUGACUAACCACGUUGAUACACAACCAUGUUUUGAAAAUAGUGUCUCUAAUUAUUUAGCAAAUUACGUGCAUAAUAAACAAAAAUAAAUAUUUAAAGGAACUCUUAUUUUGAUUGCAAACAAAAGUUUUUGCAGAUGAAAUGCUGUGUCCCGAAAUUUGGAAUUUUAAACCUCCACAGCAUUCAUUGUUGAUAGAGCAAUCAAAUCAACUAAAGGAUUCUCCUUCCAUUAUCAAGACUCAUUAUUUCAAUCAUUCUGUGUCUGUCGUAUUUCCUGAGACAAUUGACGUACCAGAGGAAAUUCAAAGUAGCCUUCUCCGUGAUAAGGAUUAUUACAAAAUUCAUGAUUUAUGUCCACACGAACUUGUGAGCAAGGAAUUCAUAGAGGCCUUUGUUAAGAAAGGUGAAUUGUCACUAUUGGCGAUCGACAAAAAAAUAGACGUUCACAAUAUUUUGUCAAUUGUUCCAUCAGGUGAAUUGUUACUCUCAUUGACACGUGAAACAUAUCAAACCCUUGGUCUUGAGGGUAAAUCAUCAUUUUUUAAUCGCAAUCAAGACGAUACAUCACGACACGUCGUGACACUUGAUUUGAAAAAGGAAUGUUUCACACCGGGAAAGAAGAAUUAUGAACGCGUUAGGAAUUGCUUAAAGAAUUAUUUCAAGGAAACAUUUGAUGUCAUUGUCGCAUGGGAUCCACCAGAUAAUGUAUGUCCUUCAUCAAUAGCAGCGUGGUUUCAUAAACGUAAUUAUAAAAUAUCUCUUUGUCAUCAAAGUUUCGUUAAUCGAACGAGAUAUUCAAUUGAUGUGCCAGUUGUUGACGAUUCAUGUGAUUAUCAUCAAUUUUUCGAGUGGCUUGGACUUUUUAGCGUUGAUGGAAAUUUAAAAAAUAAAGAUACAAAAACAAAUCAAUCAUCAGUUUUUGCAUCGAAUCAAGUUCAAUAUAUUGAGAGUACAGGAUUUUUUACACGCAGAAUGGUCAACAAUGUUUAUAGUGCCAUAAAAAAGUAUAUGGGAGAAAAUAAUAUUUCAUGGUGUAGUAUGGAUGUACAAGGUUUUGCAGAUAGUCCCAUUAGUUGGGGAUUAAAGGAACAUCAAUUUUAUACGGAUGGCGACAAUAGUUAUACAAUUGUCUUUUGUCCUAAUGGAAAGUGUAUUACGCGUAAAAGCCUUAGCUCAAAUAAUAAACCAAGGAUAUUUCAAUAACAAUUAUUUACAAACGAAAAAAGAAUUAAUUUUUUUUGUUUUAUUUUUUAUACCAUAUACUGUUUCUCUAAAUAUAUAUGUGAUAUUAAAUUUUAACCAUUUCACCGCGUAUAAAAAAAAUUAAUUUUACAUUAUAUUUAUAAAGGAAAUAAAUAAAUAGUAAAAAUUCCAAUUUUCUAUAGUAAA